UAUCUUAGGCCGAGAAAACGCUUUCGAGCCCGCUCAACUUUCUCGACUGAACAGCGUCCACUUCUAGUCAGGAACCAUAGACCACUUAUAGCCUGGCGAGCUUCUUUGUUCUUCAGACCUACAUAGAAGUUGUUAUUGACAAUGUACGGCUGCAUGAGGCCUUUGUCCUCGUCGCUGAGAUAGUACCACUUCCCAUCAGCUAUUUCGCUGUACUCGAAAUUUCGACAAACUACACCGUGAUGUUGUAUAGAGCAUAACUCGUUGAGAACGUCCUGAUCGUACAGUGAUGUGUUAUCUGAAAUCCGCCGAUUGAUCUCUUUGAAUAAAACCACCGACGUGUUUGUCGGUUCGACCAGCAUGGGACUGAAGGCCAACGAGUCUCCUUCUACUAGAGCUUUCAUCAACUGAAGUCUGACAACCAGAAAAUCGAUGUACUUCUGUUCUCCCCAGUCCAAGUCCUCUUCGUAACCAGGAAGAUCUGCGAAUAUGCAGUGCACCUUCUGCCCAUAUUCGCGGUGUACCUUAUCACAUAGAGCCUUCGAAGUGGAAACGAUUAACAUCAGCUCUUGUGAUCCUCUGUACAACAAAGUCAUGUGCACUUCUAAGGCUUUCUGCAGUGUUGGACAGAAAGCUUGGUCUUCUUCCCUUUUCAGCAAGUCGAAGAACCGUUAUGCUGCUGAAUGCAGACAACUGCACUGUUUUCAGUAAGGGUUGGAAGCAGCUUACAGUUUGGAAUUCAUCCGUUGUCCCUCCAACUAUUCCUCGACAAGGUUGCCCCCUAGAAAUCUUUUUUUCAGAAAAUAUUCGGUAG